ACGGUCGAGUUAUUAUAACUCGGUCUCUGUGUUGCCUGUGCAUUCGUGAUUGAUAUUUGAUCAGAUAACAGUUGAUUAUAAUCACGCUAAAACAUUGAGCGGUGACUAAACAUGUGUUUGAAGCGUAUGUGUUUGAGUUAAAAUGUCGAGGACGUUCAGCUGAUACGAAACUCUCAAGAAAUUUGUGUUAUGUAAUUCCUAUGAAUUUUCAGGAGUUCAACUUGGGUAUGUCGUAGUGGAGAAUUCUGAUUGACAUGCCCGUGAAGAAAGGUUUUAUGUCACCUCAAAAUGUUUUUAUCGAGAAUAUCAUAAGAAAGUUCGACGGGUCGCCUGAACGAAACUUCAUAUUGGGUAAUGCUCAGUUGCUUGACAUACCGAUCGUGUAUUCAAAUGACGGAUUUUGUUCUUUGACUGGCUACAAACGGACAGAACUGUUGCAAAAUUCUACAAACUGUGAUUUCUUAUGCGGCCAAGGAACAGACCCGGUUGCCGUACAAACGAUCCGAGAUGCAUUACGUGGAAGUGACGAAACCAAAGUACAAGUAUUAUACUACAAGAAAAACGGAACGGCAUUUCUGUGCUCCGUUUUGAUAGCUCCGAUCAAGAAUGAAAAUGGUUCAAUUAUUAUGUAUAUUGUCAACUUGGAGGACGUCACGAGUUCACCAGAUCUUGUGGACGUCAAUGUGGCUCAGAAAGAGAAUGCCUGGCACGUAAUAAGACGUAGGCUGUCAAAAGGAAAUUUGAAGUUUACAACGAGCGAGAAUGGAAUGUCUGAGACUGACACGACGGAUAUUGAGCUUCAGGAAUCAUUCCUUCAUUCUGAUACCCUUCCAAAGACAAUGAAUAACGAUGUCUGUGCGGGUUUCAUCGACGAUAAUUGUCUUGAUGUUCGCAAAAACUCCAUUGAACAGGAAGCAUUGAUGUUUAAUUAUAAUCGACGUCGAGCCACGUCAUGUGUUGAGAUAUCACCGAGAAUGGUGGAGGAGCUGCGGAGGGAGAAUAAAUCACAGGAGAAGGCUGAUUCAUUGGACAACUUCUUGAGUAAACUCACAGCUAAAAACUCGAACCACGUAACGGAUUCGAUGGUCUUAAACGCAAAGCAAAAACAACCGUCUCUGACAAGUUUGCAAAGUAUUACAAAGCUGACUGUAAACUCUAAGAUGCAAUCAUCACCAGAUCUUAAGCCGAAGAAAACAGAGAAAUUUGCGCAGGUGUUAUCUCUCGGAACUGAUGUCUUGCCUGAAUAUAAAUUGCAGUCGCCACCAAUGCAUCCAUGGACAAUACUCCAUUACUCGCCAUUCAAAGCAAUCUGGGAUUGGUUUGUUUUAGCCUUAGUUACAUAUACUGCGGUGGUAACUCCUUAUAUGGCAUCAUUCGUCUUAGCAAUGGAUCCGGAGCAAAACGAAUUAGACGAACGUGUUAGUAAUGCCACCAGCGAAACAAGCAGUUCCUAUCGUUAUUCUGAUCCCUUGGUUAUUGUUGAUUAUGUUGUUGAUAUUAUGUUUGUUAUUGAUAUUUUCAUUAACUUUCGUACAACGUACGUUGAUGGUAAUAACGACGUCGUCAGUAUUCCAUGUCGUAUAGCUGUACAUUAUAUGAAGACGUGGUUUAUUAUUGAUAUGGUGGCUGCUAUCCCUUUUGAAUUGCUAUUUAUGAUUGGCGACACAGAACAGACAACUACCCUGAUUGGUUUGCUGAAGACUGCUCGUUUACUGCGUUUGGUGCGAGUUGUGAGAAAGCUGGAUUAUUAUUCCGAAUACGGAGCGGCAGUCUUAUGUCUUCUGAUGCUAGCUUUUGCCUUGAUUGCGCAUUGGUUGGCCUGUAUUUGGUAUGCUAUUGGUAGCAUUGAACAAAAAGAUCCUACAGUACAUGGAUGGCUGGAUUCACUUGCUGAAGACACUAGACAACCUUUCAACAGUUCCUAUCACGAUAGCGGACCUAGCCAACAAUCAAGAUAUGUUACUGCUUUGUAUUUUACACUAAGCAGUUUAACGAGUGUUGGUUUUGGCAACGUCUCACCAAAUACAAAUGCUGAGAAAAUAUUCAGUAUCUGUGUUAUGCUCAUUGGAUCGUUGUUUUAUGCCGCUGUAUUUGGCAAUGUUGCUGCAAUAAUCGCACGGCUUUACUCCAGUACAGCGCGUUUUCACGAACAGAUGCAGAAAGUGCGAGAAUUUAUUCGGUUUUAUCAAUUGCCAAAACACCUCCGACACAGAAUUGAAGAUUACGCUCAUCAUCAGUGGUCGUACACAAAUGGUAUUGAUAUGAACGAGGUGAUGCGAUGUCUACCUGAUUGCCUUCAAGCCGAUAUCUGUGUCCAUAUGCAUCGUCAUUUGAUCUCUGAAAAGAAGGUGUUCACAUCAGCCAGUCGGGGUUUUUUAAGGGAAUUUUCAUUAAAAUUGAAGACGAUCCACCUUCCACCUGGUGACUAUAUUCUUUACAAUGGCGACGAGGUGGAUAUAUUAUGUUUUAUAUCUCGUGGUACUAUUGAGAUCGUGGACGAUCGAGAUUUCAUUUUAGCUAUUUUAGGUCAUGGCGACACAUUUGGUGAUGAUUUUGGUCUCAACCCCGAGGUACCAGCGAAGAAGGCCAGCGCUAAUGUUCGAGCACUGACACAUUGUGAUCUUCAUAAAAUAUCGCGUGAUGAUUUGCUCGAAAUUCUUAGAAAGUAUCCAAAAUUCUGGGAAAUAUUUAAUCGAGAAUUUGAUGUAACCUACAAUCUUACGUGUGAACACGAGAAGGCAAAAUCCGAUGGUGAAAGUAGGACAUCUUCAUUUUGUGUAAAUCAUGAAAAUGAGGGACAACAAAAAUGUCGUCAUGUUGACAUUCCUAUAAUUAUCGAAACAUCACCUGAAGGUCAAGCAAAUAUGCCAUUCCCAUGUGCCCAAGGUCAGAACCGCACCGCAAAUGAAACUGAAAACCCUGUGAAUUUUGCAUCGAGUGAACACAACAGUAGCUCACUGUGGGCUACAGCGGAGAAAAAGGAUGCCUUUGAAAAUUUAAGUGGUUUAGCAUUAGGACUAAAACGAAGAAAUGUUAACAACACACAACCUCCACCGGAUUCGUCUUGUACAUGUUCAGGAUUUGAAAAUAUCCAAGAACAACUAAAAGACCUUUCCUUACGAAUGCAGAGACUUGAAGAUAAGUUUGGCAACGAUCUUGAAAGAAUUUAUAAGAUUCUUAAAUCUUCGAGAGCAACAAAUAGGGAUAAAGACAUGCGAGAUUCAUUCGUGUGAGUGUGACAGAGUCGUUUUCACAUUUCUCCAUGUAAGAAGUCUACUCCGUGACUGAUAUUUAAUAUACCAAAUAGGAAAUAUCGAUUAUAUAUCGACCUCUACGUUUUCGGAGCGAUAUAGUGUACAAGAAAUGAAAUUAUUUAUAAACGUUGAAGAGAAUAUCUAUGCGGCGAGGUUUAAAGUUUUGAAUCGUGAAACCGAGGAUUCAGCAGCGUGUCAAAUGAUGUCAGACUUCCCAAGUUCUGAUCUCUCCAAAAAAGUAAGAAAGUUUCUGGGCGUGAUUUGUGCGACUCUCAGCAUGCAGCAAACAGAAAUGACAGGAAACAUAUUUGAGUCGAGACGACUGUCCAAUGCUGAGGCACAAGAAGGCAAAGGAAGAAAAACUUGGAGGCCCAAUAUGGUUUAUCGAAGGAUAACUGCUUAUAACUGGAUUACGACGAUUGAUCACGUGCUUUAUGCACGGCUUUAACAAGUCAGUCUUGCUUGCUGAUAUCAUCAAUUCGGACAGGAAAAGUUACAAACAGAGCAGUGAAUUAGGUCAUUUGAAAACAUUGACUGUGUUGAGGUUAUUAAAAAUGGUUUAAACAUUAAAUCUCUUAUUUGAAACAAAUUUAUAUAUAAAUUAUCACAAAAUUAAAAGGUUUACUGAUAAUGUUAACGUAUUAUAUGAAGAGCGUAUUUUAAUGUCGACUGUAUUUAAAU